CACAUGAUCAGCUGAGAAAGAAAAGGGACGAGGCCAGGCAAGCUGCUCUAUACUUGCUUCCUUCCUUCUAGAAAAUGCCUCUCUUUAUAAACCGAGACCAAAUAUUUGCUCAUCAGGUACACCUGCUGGAGCACAAAUUAAGGAGUAAAGAGGAGAGAAUACUUGAACUGGAGACAGAGAAUGCCCUUCUUCAUUUAAGACUUGCAGAGUGUUCGGGUAGACAGCGCCGGGACCAUGAUGAGGGAACCAAGGCCGUGAACGAUCACCAGCUUCAGAGUAGUACACAGAAGAUAACCCAAUCAGCCCUCAUCAAGCUUCUCUCAGGGGUUCAGGCUGUGAAGCAUGACCUGAGUGAGUUGUUUGCAGUGUAUGUGAGUUUUGCCACCGAGUUGGAGGAGCAGAGCAAGCAGCUCCUGGAGAAAGUAGAGCAAGCCAACUCAUCUCUGAACGGUCACAGUGAGGAUGAAUUUCAGAAUUUGCAGGUUCGAGUUGCAGCCCUGGAGCACUCUCUGGAGGAAGAAAGGGAGAACUGCAGGGCAGAGAGGCGGAAGCGGAAAGAACUUCACAACACGCUGGUGGAGCUCAGAGGGAACAUUCGGGUUCACUGCAGGGUGCGUCCAGUUCUUCCUUUUGACCAGAUCCAGUCCUCAACUUCCGGAUCAGGGUCUGCAUCAUCAGAGGAAGUAAUCCACGCAGUCAGUGAUGAUACAGUGAUGGUGAAUUGUGUGAAGGCGGGGAUGCUGGUGCAAAAUAAAAUGUUUGAGUUUGAGAGGGUACACGGACCAGAGGAUUCCCAGGAGGCUGUGUUUGAAGAAGUCAAGUCACUUCUAACAUCUCUGCUGGAUGGCUAUAAUGUGUGUAUCAUGGCAUAUGGGCAGACAGGCAGUGGGAAGACUCACACCAUGAUGGGAUCCCAGUUCCUGGAUGAGCUCUCAGGGACACAGCAGGAGGCACAGCAGGGUAUUAUCCCAAAGGCUGCUGCUGAGCUCUUUCGGCUGAUCUCUGAGAAGCCUGCAGAAAGUCACACAGUGGAAGUGUCAGUGAUGGAGGUGUACAACAAUGAGGUGUUUGACCUGCUGGCCAGGGAUGAGCACAGCAAUGGAGCUGGCCAGAGACGGGAUGUCAUCACCACCGCCUCCGGUGCCAGCCAGGUCCCCUCCCUCACAUAUGAGCCUGUGAGUAAUGCCUCUGAGGUGAUGCAGAUUAUUAGCAGCGUUCUGAAGCUCAGAGCUCACUGUCCCACCCUUGUCCACGCGGACUCAUCACGCUCUCACCUCAUUGUGACCCUCACGGUUUCCUCCAAGAGUCCCAAUGCAGUGGCCCUGGCCCGCAGGCUACAGAGUGCCAAAAUGGACAUGCGGCGCUCCACCCAGAAAGAGUGGUGGAGUCCACGCUGUCGCCGUGCCAACCUCGCCGCCCACCACUCAGCUGACGAAACCUCUGCAAGCCCCGCGUCCUCUCCCUGCUCGACCCCGUCCCUUUCUCCCUGCCCCUCCCCGAGACACAGCAUCACUCAGACUCCGUUCAGGACAAAGCUUCAGCUGGUGGACCUGGCUGGCAGCGAGUGUGCUGGUAUGUCUGGAGUUUCAGGUGCAGCUCUCUGGGAGUCAUCAUGUAUAAAUCGUAGUCUCUCGGCUCUGUCCGAUGUCCUUGGAGCUCUGGCUGAACACAGACCACACAUCCCUUACAGGAACAGCAAACUCACUCAUCUGCUGCAGGAUGCCAUAGGUGGUGAUGCCAAGCUGCUAGUGAUGCUCUGUGUCUCCCCGACGCAGCGCUUCAUCACUGAGUCCCUGCAGUCUCUUGGUUUUGGCACGCGGGCACGGCAGGUACAGAAGGAGCCACCCCGAAGAAAAAAUAAUAGCCUCAAAGUUAAAUAAGAAAGCAAAGGAAGAUCUGUAACAUAGAUCCUUUAUGAGUCAUUACAACAGAUAGACAAGAUUCACCCUUAUGGGUAGUAGUAAGAACUUCAUUCUAGCCUUAACUAGUGUAAGAGUAUUUUUGAUUUUGCAGUUAUUGGAAGUUGGGUUACUUUGUGCUGGAAGCAGAUCACAUUUCACCCUUUCCAGAGUACUGUUUUCCAUACUAAUAAUUAUGCAGGCAUCUUUUAAGAAACAUACAUAUUUAUGCAUUUACUUAGAAUUGAAUGUCUUAAUGUUUUCUGAAACUACUGAUUCUUAGGAAUACUGUGUGCAAUGACAUUCUUGCAGUGCAUGUGUAGUUCAUGAUAUACAAACUUAGUAAAUGUGAGAAGACUUUAUUAGCACUUUAUUAAAUUGAUUAAAGCUAAAAUAGAAAACAUGCCAACAGCAAACGGAACUGCACUGUAUAUUGAAAAACAAAAGCUGUUUUAAUCCUAAGGCAUUCUGCUGUAAAUUCAUUUCAACACUACCUACCGCUGCUUUGCCUUCUCUUUUGUUUUGUUUUUCCACCCCAGCAUUUAUGUUUACACAGUAUUUAUACACAUUUUUGGUUACAUAUUAAAAAUCUUUCUGAAGAUUUGAUGAAGUAGAAAAGUGUAUCCGUAUUAGAAAUAAACAGCUGAUAUGCCUGUUCUUGUGUAAUCAGUCUUAAGAAUCCUAUAAAUAAAAAAUAGACAAAUCAUUUAAAGUUUA